UUUCCACAGCUUUAUGCUUGCUGUCAGCCUCUUUACAACAUGUCAGCUUUCAAGAUAUAAUCUGACAGCUGUGUUGCUUCGAUGCCCUUCUUUGGACUGGAUCCUGUUUCCCUGUAGAGACCACUGUCUUUCUUCUGUAUCACAGAGCUGGGAAACACUUAUCUUGUUACCUUAUUCUCUUGUGUUACCACAUCUUAUUCUUUCUGAACAGGAAUCUUCCAGAAACAAAGUACAACAAUAUUAAGCUCAGCAAGACACCCAAGCACCAAGGAAAAACAGUUCUACACUCUGAAACAGUUAAUUUUCUGGAACAAAAUUCCUGAAAGCAGUAUGUCUCUUUUAUGUUAUAACAAGGGCUGUGGGCAAUGUUUCGAUCCAGAACAAAACUCAGAUGAUGCUUGCUCGUAUCAUUCUGGUGUUCCCAUAUUCCAUGAUGCCUUAAAGGGCUGGUCAUGUUGUAGGAAGAGAACAGUAGACUUCUCAGAGUUCCUAGCCAUCAAGGGUUGCAGGAGAGGCAGACACAGCAAUGAGAAGCCAGCAGAGACACUAAAGCCAGAAGUAACUCGAAACAAAGAGGUGCCGGAAAACAUGAUUCCCCCUAAAGAGACUGAAUUCAUUUUUAAGGGACCAAAGACAGCAGAAAUGAUGGACAAAGACAGACCAAGUCUGGAUGAACCGAUGGAGAAACUUAACCUGAAAGUGUCCAAAUCCCUUCUGCAGGCUUUGGAGCAGCUGAGACUCUCUACUGAGAACAAGCAUGAAGAAACAGAAAUUUCCAGUAAACUAACUGUAGGAACUACAUGCAAGAAUUCAGGAUGCAAGCAGACAUAUCAGGGGGCAGAAAGUAAUUCAGAUGCCUGUGUGUAUCACCCAGGAGUUCCUGUUUUCCAUGAAGGAAUGAAAUACUGGAGCUGUUGUGCAAUUCAGACAACAGAUUUCAAUGCAUUUCUUGAGCAGAAAGGUUGCACCUCUGGGAAACACACCUGGAUAAAAAAGGAGGAUAAAAAGUUUGUAACGUGCCGAUAUGACUGGCAUCAGACGGGCAGCCAGGUUGUGGUUACUGCGUAUGCAAAGAAUCCUGUGCCAGAUUACAGUGUCAUACUGGCAAAUCGUACAAUGCUUUCUAUACUAAUUGUCUUUGAAGGGAAGAAGACAUUUAAGAAGGACAUUGACCUCUGGGGAGUGAUUGAUCUAGGAAAAAGUUUUGUCAACAUGCUUCCGUCUAAGGUAGAAAUCAACCUUAAGAAGGCUGAUAAAGUGACCUGGGGCAAACUGGAACACCCAAAUCCAAGGAUCAAAGAGCAUGUGGAGGAGAACGCUGUCCAGGAAUAUAACAUUGUAGAAGAACAAAAGGAUAAUGACUGGGACAUUUCUGAUGACAGCUUGAGCUGGUCUGAAUCGGAAGAGGAAUUCAUUAAAGAAUAAUACUUUGUUGCACAGACAUUGCUUUCAGUUAAAUUCAUGCCUUGAAAAUUUUAGUAAAUGCAGCAAGCUGUGACUGAGUGGUAUGUGUAUGUGUGUGUAUGUGUACAUGUGUCUGUCUGUCUGUCUGUGUGCACAUGUCUGUGCUGGGAGAUCUGUGUCUACGCAUGAAUAAGCAAGAUAAAGGCAGACAAUUCUACAGACAGGGCAGCAGCUGUCAGUCACCCUGGAAAACUACACAGUUAUAAAAAAGAUAAGAAAUUAUUUUAUCAGUGUCUUACUUGUCUUAUAUGUAUGAAUGCAAUAUACUGAGUUUGCCUUUUUAAAGUGGCAUUGCUUAAUUUGUAUGGAAAUGCUUGCAAGUGAAGAAUAAAAUUCUGAAGAACAUUUUGCCACUA